GGCGCAGGCGACGACAGAGGGAAGGAGUAUUUAUUUCUCGCAUUCGUGACUCCAUCUGUCUCAGUUAGCAUUCGAGUGUCUACCGCCUUUAGUGUCAAAUGCCAAUAGAAAGGUAACAAUGAUCCGAUAUUCAUUGGGUAUUGCCAUUGUAGCAACUAUCCUGCCAUCGGCAUGGUGUGCGACGGUUGAUUUGCCAAUUCACUUUCGCAAUAGUUAUGUAGGUCGAUAUACUGGUUCUCGUGCACUAGGCGUCAACUAACAUAACCAACGCCCUCAGGCAUCCGUGGAAGUAGAUAUUGGCGCACCUCCUCAAACACAUUUCCUUCAUUUCGACACCGGUUCAUCCUCCUCAUGGGUGGUUGACCAGAACUGCGCGACAACGUGUCCGAACGGAAGCGGGUACGUCUUUGAAAAAUCAACCUCAAGUUUUGAAAGCGACAAGACUGACCAGACCAGGUAUAACCGCAAAGGCUACAACAUUUCCGCCUCUUCGACUGGCGCGCGUCUAGGGACUUAUGGGAGCAUUGAUUAUUUUGGGGGAAAGACUGCUGGCCCAGGAGUAGCAGACACUUUCAGCCUCCCGGCUGGAACUCAGGGGCAUGCCGCAUUAACAUGGAACCAAACAUUCUUGGCUGCGAAUGAAUCCUCUUGGCCAUUUAUCUCCGCGGAUGGGUUCUUGGGAUUGGCCUUUAGCACGAUUGCUGUCGCAAACACCACGACGGUGGUGGAGACGCUGAUGCAGCAGGGUCGCCUUGACAAGCCCCGUUUUGCGAUCUACUAUGGUAGAGAGUUCGGGAAUACCAGCACAAAUCCUGAAGGUGUUUUCACCAUCGGUGGCUCGAAGGAGGAGCAGUAUGUCGAUGGUGACUUGACCUAUGUUCCACUAGCACAGGAAAAGGAGUAUCAGGUAUGGCGCGCCACUCUCUCAUCGAUGACCGGAUCAAGCAAUGCAGGCAAAAAGCAAGCCACCAGUAAAUUUGAAGGGGGUAGAGCAGUGUUCGAUACCGGGGCUGGAGCACUCCAGGUACCGUCCAAUGCCAUUUCAGAAAUCUACGCAUCAAUCGGCAUGAACUGGACCGCCAUUAGUCAGGGCGGAUAUAUCCCCAUGUGCUCGGACUUCAACUCCAGCUGGUCGAUUACUUUUAAUUUCGGGGAGUCCGAAACAGACCCCAAGUUAACUUUAACCGGCGAUCAACUCGCCCAGCCGGGUUUUGCUGACAGGAAGGAUGCGUGCAAUCCCCCCUUCGACGAUAGCGGGAGUGAGGGUUUCGCACUUCUUGGUACGCCCCUACUUCAACAGUUUUAUACUGUGUGGGAUUUUGGAGCUACAAAGGUGUCCGACUAUCAUCCUCGGAUUGGAUUUGGGAAGUUGAAAGAGGGAGUGCGACCAUGAUUGAUGAAGGG